UUUUUUUUCAAUCACGUGACGUGUUGGGAGAACAUCAUGGCAGCCGCCAGACAAGUCGGCAUGGAAGUAUCUGCUGAAAACAGUAAUGAUGCUUGGCCAAAAUGGAAAAUCGGACUGGCAGUUGGCGCACCUAUCGCAGUAGUGUUGGGAGGUUUAUGGUAUGUAAGGAGACGCAGAAGAAACCAAACCAAAAAGAAUAAGGAUGAAAACAAAAGUAGAACAGAAACCCAGAAACCGAAAGCAGCGAAUUCACCAAGCCGUAAUGUUCCAGAAAACUCUGAAAAGGAACUGUCACCUAGUGAGAAAGCACAGGCAGAGAAGAACAAGGGCAAUAAAUAUUUUAAAGGUGGAAAAUAUGACCAGGCCAUUAGUUGCUAUACAAAUGCAAUUCAGAUUUGUCCAGAGGGAGACAAGGAAUCAUUGUCCACAUUUUACCAUAACAGAGCCGCAGCCUAUGAAAAACUGAAAAAUACAAAGAUGGUGAUAGAGGAUUGUAAUGAAGCUCUCCGUCUCAACCCUAAAUAUCAGAAAGCACUGACAAGGCGAGCAACAGCUUGUGAACAAAGUGGGGAUUUGACACAGGCCUUAGAGGAUGUUACAGCAGUAUGCAUCUUGGAAGGCUUCCAGAACCCCCAGUCUCUGGUGACAGCUGACAGAGUCCUAAAAUCCUUGGGACAGGCCAAGGCCAAAGAAGAGUUCAAGAAGAGGAAGCCUACGAUGCCCUCUAAACAUUUUAUUCGUACGUACCUUAAUUCCUUCCUGAAUGACCCAGUUAUAAACGAAUCUAAGGCCUUGAUGUCACAACAGAAUGGCCACUCUGAUGAGACUGGUGCAUAUCAACAGGCCCUACAAAAACUUGGGGCCGAGGAGUUUGAGGGGAUCAUAGAUCUCUGUACCAAGGAAAUCUCAGAAAAUACCCAGAAGGCAACUGAAGCAAGGCUCCUAAGGGGAACAUUUUACUUCCUGUGUAACCAGCAGAAGGAGGCUCUGGAAGAUUUUAACCAGGUCUUGGCAGCAGAACUCCUAGAUAAGAGAAUGAAGGUCAACGCCCUGAUCAAGAGAGGAAGCCUGUCCAUACAACAGGAGAAGAAUACCGCUGGAUUGGAUGACUUUGCCACUGCCAUCCGGAUUGAUCCAGAUAAUGUGGAUGUCUAUCAUCACAGGGGGCAUCACAAUAUUCAGAUGGACAGAAUCGAGGAUGCCAUCAGAGACCUAGAGAAUGCCAUCAGUAAAUGCACAACAUUUGCCCCCUCUCACGUCCAGAAAUCCUUCGCUGACCAUAAGAAAGCAGCAUCCCAGUUGAUGGGGAUGAACCUUCCCCUCCCCCAGUCUGUUCUACAGUCCUACAAAAACUGUGUGGACAUGUUCCCAGACUACGGAGAUGCCAGGGCUCUAUAUGCUCAGGCUCUCGGUGACGCAGGAAAGUUUGAGGAGGCUGAUAGAGAAUUCAGUAAAGCCAUUGAACUUGAACCAGACAAUGCUACAGCUCUUGUACACAGAGGGUUGUUGCAACUUCAAUGGAAACAGAACAUGAAGGAGGCUACAGCCAUUAUUAACAAAGCCAUUGAACUGGAUCCCAAAUGUGAAUACGCGUAUGAGGUUCUCGGAACUCUAGAGGUCCAGAAGGGACCAGGCAGCAUGGAGAAGGCAGUGGAGUUGUUCCAGAAAGCCAUAUCUCUGUCCAGGACCGAAUCAGAAAUGGCACAUCUCUUCUCCUUGUCUGAUGCUGCCAAAGCUCAGUUAAAUGUGGCCAAGAAGCUCGGAAUUAACCUUCCUGGUCUUGGGGCAAUGAGCAGUUGAAUUAAGAACAGUAACAGGAUUCUGAUUAACCCGAGGCAUUUGCCAAUAUAAAACCUUAACAUUACUGUGAUCUUAUGUUGAUUAUGUGUGACUUAGUCUGUGUGUGACAUUAAGGCAGUUAAUCUUAUAAUAUUAAAUUUAGACUGCAUAUGACGGUAUAUUCUAUGAGCUGGUUCAAGUGAAGUACUAGUUAAUUCUAUCUAUGGGUUGACCCAUGCUUCAUUCCAUUUCCUCAUUCAGUGGGACGUACUGCUAGAGGCGUGGACUUUUUAUGUUCAUUCUGUGAUGAUUUUCUUCAUUUAUGUCUGUAAAACUGUUUUGUAUGCAAAGAGUUUGUUAACAGUAUAUUAGUCACAUUAAAUUUCACAAAAUUU